AUGCUACAAUUAGAAAAAAUUAUUAUUCGAAAAGCUGUUGUAAACGAUUUACCUCAGAUGCUACAAAUAAUGGACGACGGUUUAGGAAUUCCAACUAUAGACGAUGAAAUGAAACAACGCGUCGAAGAUUGGUCACUGAAAUUGAAUAACUGUUCACAAUUCAUAUUUUAUGUAGCUGAAGUUGAUCAUGGUUCUAUAGUUGGUUGGUGUCGUGGUGGACGAGUAGUCAAAUCUCAUGAAGUAGUUGCACAAGAAAUGUAUGAUUAUGAAAUACAAAAUAUAUUUAUUGGUAAACAAUAUCAACAUCGUGGUAUUGGUUAUGAAUUAUGGAAAGUCCUUUGGAAUGAUGUGCUUCUAUUUUUUCAACCAAAGAAUUUCGUUGUUUGGUCUGUUGCUACAAAGCAAGCACAUCAAUUUUACUCUAGACUUGGUGGUGAACCGAAAGAAACAAGAACAUUUGAUGAAGAUUGUGUUUCAAUGGCGUUUGUUUGGAAUGAUCUUAAAUUGUACGAAAAUACAAAUUUUUUAAUCUUUAAAUAA